AUGGCUUCGUCUCAGACUCCUCUCGAUACCCAGCCCCUGGAGCCUCAGCCUGGAGCCUCCGCUGGGUCGGUAUCUGUUGUACCGGUCUCGAACGCUCAGAGACCCCAGCUUCCUCCUACCACCUUCACCUUGUUCGCCAACCUGCCACUCGAGGUGCAAGACAGGAUCUGGGAGGCAUCACUCCCUUUGGAAGAGCAUAUGCGUAUCAUCGUCGUCGGCGAGGGAAACAGGUGCACCAACUGCCACAACCUCAACCCAGUUCCACCCUCACGCGUUGCAGUGACAAUCGGACUCGUGUGCCGACAAGCGCGAAUCUCCAUGCAGAGGGCCCUACGGAGACGUUGGCCUCUAUCUUCAGUCCAGUACCUGCGGGACGGCCGCGCGGGGCAGCCCUCGUCCGUCGAAGUCAACGGCAAGAAAGACAUAUUCUAUCUGGAAAAGAAAUACAUCACCGUCGCGGCUUCUGCUCUUUUCGUUCGACUUCCUGACGACACUCGCUCUUGGCUCGAGGACCCCGCCACCCACGUGGACCACAUCAUCGUGGACCUACGCGCCUUGUUGCAGAUUGUCACCACGGCUAUCACUACCCCCUGGCCCAAGAAGUCCAUCAACCCAGGUCCUACUUUCCUCGCCGUGUUCUGCAACGGCUUGCAGGUGGCUGCCGCCGACCACCCGGCGCCCCAGUGGAACAUGCUGCGCACCACGGUCAAGAAAAUCACCAUCUUCGUCAUCUCUCGACCCUCCGACAUGGCUUGCGAGUUUGCAUACAAGGACCUCAAGCGCAUUGUAUUCGACGACAUGGCCUCGGACGAGCUGAAGUCUUCCAUCGCCGAGCUGGCCAGCAGCGCCAUUCAGAAGGAACUGCUCGAGAAGCUCAUGGGCUUGCUGGCGAAUGUGUGGAGCGAUGCCCAGGCGAAGAACAUCCACGGACAAUUUCCCGUGCUGGAGUUCGCCUGGACAAGGCCCGCUUGA